AUGAUUUAAAAAUAAGAUGAAACGGUAAAAACAUUUUAAUUUGGGUCUACAACCAUACUUUAAAAGUUGAAAUAAUUUGAAGAUAAAUUUGAUACUGAAAAUGCUCGGGAAAUUUCAAUGGGAUUUAAUUAAGUUUCACCAUCUAUAGCUAAUUCAGGAGAUAUUAAAAUAGAGUGCUUAGAUUAGUAACAUCAUUUUUUACCCUAAAUUUAAACAAAAAAAACAAAUAAAAAGUUGAAAAAAUAUAAUAAAAAGCGAGCUCAGCUUAUUGCAAAGCUCUCUAGCCUAGUAAUACCAAAUAAAGAUGUACCUACAACUAAUCAUAUAUUGAAUAAUAUGGAUGCUACUUCUGCAAGAUCUCCUACCAAAAAAAUUCAAGCUUUUGAUUUUGAAGAAACAGGAAAAAAUCUAUUACAUGCAAAAACUAAGAAAUCACCAAAGACAUCUUAAUUUAAAAAUUAAAAGAAGGCUAAUCUUAAUCUAAAUUUUAAUGCAGUAAUAAAUUCAGAAGAUUCAUAAGAGUUAAAUGAAUAAUAAACUGGAAGGCUUUAAUAUGAGGAUGAUAGUGAUUAUCAAACUCCGCAGUAAAAAAUGCAAUCACCUUCAAACUAAUUAUCUAUUCCAAUAAGAUCUCCAAUCUAACUAAGAAACAGGUCAUAAACAUCUUUGCAUAUGCAGCUCUUUAAAUUAGGAAAUUAAGUAUAAGGAAGAAUAAGAAAAAGGAGUAACUUCUAAGAUAACUCUCCUAAAAAUCUUAUAAAUUAAGAAUAAAACACUAUUAGUUUUUUUAAACUAAGUCCCAGUUGA